AUGGACUUCGAUUUACCCAUUGGGGUAGUUUUUAAUGACAUCAUAGAGAAAAUCAGGGUUGGAAAAUUGGCUCCCACUAGAGGUGAAAAUCAAAAGUCCAAUUUAUUGAUGUCUGGUGGAGAUGCUGAACCUCUUACCCCUGUUAAGGAGAAGAAUGCGAAGAAGAAAACAGGUAAAAGCCAUGUUAAAGGUACUCGCUCAUCUGCUAGAUUGUUAACGAAAGGGAAGCAUGAUACGGAGGCUGGAGUGGUCAUCAGAGAGGCUCAAAUUAAUGAUAUCGCCACCACUUCUUCUUCCUCAGAGGAUGAUGCUGAUGAUGUGACCAUGGAGGAGGCGAUGCUGCUCAAACAUGUCUACUUUGGACCAAGGGAGGAUGGUUCUGCCUCUGUUAAAGCACUCCCCAAGAGCUCUUCGGACCAUACUCCGAUCCUGUUAACCUCUAAGGUUUUUUUGGGAAGUAUUAUACCUUUUCAUUUUAAAAUUGGAUGGUUAAAGGAAAAUGAUAUUCUAGACCUUAUCAAAAGCACGUGGGAGAAUACGAUUGUCAGUGGGUCUCUUGAUUUUCAACUCCAUAAGAAAUUGCUCAAUAUUAAGCAUAAGCUUAUGGAUUGGAAAAAAGAGAAAUUCUAUUCAAUAAAAGGGAAAGUUGAUGAAGUGUUGCUUUCUAUUGAGACCACAGACCAAGUAAUGCAGCAAAUGAGUUCUUGGACUACAGAGAUGGAUGGGGAGAGAAGGGCCAAGUUGAAUGAGUUACAAGAGCUUAGGAGGGUGGAAGAGGUGAGACGCCAAAAUGAUAUCUCUGGCCUAGCGGUUGAUGGCGUUGACACGGAUGAUGGGGAGGGUAUGAGUCAUGCUAUUAUUAACUACUUUCACCGUGCUUUUACUUCGGAAGUGAGUUGUACCCCUAGAUUGAGCCGGGUAGGCUUCAAAGUUUUACCGCCUCACUUAAGUUCUAUCUUGGAUAGAGAUGUUUCUUUGGAAGAGUUAAAAAAGACAGUUUUCGCUUUACCUGGUGACAAGGCACCUGGUCCUGAUGGCUUCCCUCUAAUAUUUUUUCACCAAUUUUGGAAUUUGAUUAGUUCUGAGCUAUUGGAAAUGAUCAGGAGAUUCUUGCGAAGUGGAAACCUUUUUAAAGGGUUUAACUCUACUUUUAUUGCAUUGAUCCCAAAAAAGUCUAUGAUUGCUGCAUUGAGGAAUAUUAGACCAAUUAGCCUUCUUACGAGUCUAUACAAAAUUGUGGCUAAGGUCUUGGCUGAGCAACUAAAGAAAGUUUUACCUGUUAUUAUUUCUGGCCCGCAAUUAGCUUUUAUUAAAGACAAUGAUAUCUGA